GUAGUAUUCGUCUUGUCCAUUGGAAGUUCAUUACCGCAACAUCUUGGCAACAGAACGUUGCCAGCUCCAGUGCGGUCUAGUGUUGUCUUGGAUACAAACAGAGUAGUGAGCAACCUCGUGCAAUAGCAUGACUUGGACACUUUGGAAGGCGGCCCUAGCCUUUUUCUAUGUGUUUCCGGCAUUUGUCCACUCCUUUGGUUUCGGCCAUUCGUUCGACUCGAGCCAGCCUCCGAUGUUGGAGCCGUUACUUUCAUUCAUAGAAGAGUCUAACCAAUGGGAACGUAACGAGCCGAAAAAUCAAAAGCACGUCCUCCGUGAGUACGAUUUCAUAGUGGUCGGAGCAGGCAGUGCGGGGGCCGUUGUGGCCAGCAGAUUAUCCGAGAUCGGCCAGUGGAAUGUGUUGUUAAUCGAAGCCGGCGAGAAGGCUACACAUGUAAUGGACGUGCCGUUAUUUGCUCCUUUAUUACAAGCGACGACUGUCAAUUGGAAAUAUACUUCCGUGCCAAUGAAUAACUCGUGCUUAAGCUUCGACGAACGACGCUGUAAGUUCCCCAGAGGAAAAGUGAUGGGAGGCUCGAGCGUGUUGAACUUCAUGAUAUACAAUCGAGGCAACAGAAAAGAUUACGACGACUGGGCCGCAAUGGGCAACGACGGUUGGGGUUAUGACCAAGUGCUCAAAUACUUUAUGAAAUCGGAAAACGCCAAAUUGACACGGUCCGACGACGGUUAUCACGGGAAACACGGGCCUUUAUCGGUCACCGAAGUGCUGUACAGGACACCCGUUGCCAAAGCUUUUGUGGAUGCGGCAUCGCAGAUAGGACAUCCCGUCUUAGACAUAAACGGUCAAAAGCAAAUAGGCGUCGACUACUUGCAAGUAACUAUGGACAAAGGCAGACGAUGGAGUACAAACACCGCGUUUCUCUUUCCGGCAAACAAAAGGCGCAACCUGCACGUGAAAAAGUACAGCACCGUCACUCGUGUGCUGAUCGACCGUGUAUCGAAAACGGCGGUCGGCGUAGAGUUCGUGACCGGCCGCAAGAAGUACAGGGUGUACGCCCGGAAAGAGGUGAUCGUUUCGGCCGGCGCUAUCGGUUCGCCGCACCUUCUUCUGCUGUCCGGCAUCGGACCGAGAGCGCACUUGCAAGCCAAGGGCGUGCCCGUGGUCAACGACUUGCCGGUCGGCGAAAACAUGAUGGACCACAUAACUCUAAACAGCCUGUUGAUAUUGGUCAACGACACCGUGACUACCAGGUCCGACAGGUUGGGGGAAGACCCGUACAUAUUUUACAAUUACACGGUCCGGCACAGCGGGGUGUUGUCGUUGGCCGGCGGCACGGAGGCUUUGGCGUUUUUCGACACCGACCGACCCGGCGAUCCCGACGGCCAUACGAACCUGGAGCUUCUUUUGCUGUCCGGAUCUGCCACCGCAGACGAGUCGGUAUACAAACUAUGCGGUUUGCGGACCGACGUGUACGACGCGGUAUACAGGCCCAUCAAGUCUGCGGAUAGCUUCAACAUUUUCCCAAUGGUCAUGCGGCCCAAGAGCAGAGGCCGCAUAUGGCUGAGGGACACCGACCCUUGGCACCAGCCUCUCAUCGAUCCCAAUUACUUUGCCGACGAGACCGACUUGGACGUGAUCGUGGCCGGGGUGCGGAUAGUGCAGCGCAUGUUGAAGACGGACGCCAUGAGGAAGCUCGGGGCCCGCGUGUUCGCUACCCCUUUGCCCGGCUGCGCCCAUCACCCGUUCGACUCGGACGCCUAUUGGAAGUGCUCGGCCCGGCAUAUGAGCUUUUCCAUUUACCACUUGUCGGGCACUUGCAAAAUGGGACCGGCCGGAGAUCCGACGGCGGUGGUGGACCCGAGACUGCGAGUGCACGGCGUCAAAAACCUCAGGGUGGUCGAUGCGUCCAUAUUUCCUCGAGUGCCGGCCGCCCAUACGAACGCGCCGACCAUAAUGGUUGGAGAAAAGGCUGCCGACAUGAUCAAAGAAGACUGGGGGCACGGGCGGGAUAAUAAUUCUGUACCUUAGACCUAAAAGUGUGAGGGGGGGGGGGCUAAAAGUCGAUCUGAUGUCCAGUCAGCGCGCGCGUUUAAGUUUCCACCUUCUGCGGCCGGUGUCCAUAUCUAGGUACUGUGACUAAAUAAAAAAAUUACACAUUUCCAAUAGUUCGGAUCUAAACCGAUUUUUGAAAAUGCUUUCCCAUGGGUAUUCAUCAUAAACCCCAUGAAUAUUAGCCUGUCUUAACGGCUCCUAAUGUAUCUACACUUAGUGAAAUGAGAAAUUAUAUUAAAUUUUUAAAUGGCUUGGUUUCUGGCUCGAUCGAUUUAUCUGGAGUCCCAGGGAUAACCCCAUCAUAUGAACUCUACUACUCAGAUUCUGUAAGAACAAAUUAUUUAAAGGAUGAUCCUUUAAGAAGAGUCAUUUCUGGUCAAUAGCUUAUCAAGGAGUGAUGAGCCCAAUUUAUAGCUUUUCUAAGAAUAGUAUUAGUAGUAAUUAAUUUAUAUCUUUAAAAGUGUAUAUAUACAUAAAGUGUAUGUUAUAUCUGUAUGUGUAUUUUAUAAGUAUUAUAUAGUCAAAAGCCGAAUGGCGUUUGUACC